UUCCAACCACCUAGCGGCGGGAAUUUUGAGUAUGGAGUUGGAAAACGUGAGUCUGGCUGACUAUGCUGCGGCGGCCAAGGGAACGACAGGAUCGGAGCGCACCCAAUGAGUUCCAGCGGCGCAGAAGUCUAGCGACCGCGGCAGCUCGGCUGAACCAAGUCGAAGGAUGACAUUGGAAUGGUGAACAAUCGUCUCGACAGACUCAAAGGCUUACUUUGCCAAUUUAUGGAGGCUCUUCCCGCUAAACAAGAUGAUAUGGCAGGCAUGGGACAUGCACACCCAGAGCGACAUUUUGAUUGUGGUCGCAAUGAAACAGCCUCCAUCGCAAGCCAUGCAGAGGGAAUUAUGGAAGUUGAAUAUGAGUGCACAAGUGCAGAGUUGGAGUCUUGCAUGGACAUGACUGAAUCACAAAAAGUUCCAGCUUUUGCUGCUAAAUUUGCAUUAGCAUUAGACAUUGGGCAACCCCUUGAGGAAGAACUGGCUAACUCGUGGAAUUACUUAUUGAGCCAUCACUUAGAGGAAAAAGUGCUGGAUGAGACCAGCAGCAAAUAUCCAUGCCCGUCAAACUACAAAGUCAUUGACGCUCCGAAAGUUAAUCAGACAAUUUGGGACAAUUUGUCUGCCUCUGUUCGUACCAAGGAUGUCAAACUUCAGAGGGUCCAAAAAUCUCUUAUGAGGGGCAUCUCGGCUUACAUCAGUCUUCUUGAUCAAAAUAACAUGUCUUCUGAGCAACAAGAUGAGUUGGCAUUGUUAUGCGAUGCUGAUUUUGAGAUGAAUGUCCUCCGCAAAGAACUGAUAAAGCCAGUUCUUAACACUAAGUUCACUCAUCUUUGUAAGCCCACAAACCCAGUAAACAAAGUACCUAUUCGGAGAUGAUCUGGGCAAGCAGGUGAAAGACUUGCAAGACCAGCAUAAAGCGGCAGCUGGAGUUAUUAAAAAAGGUUAUAAAAAAACAAAACCAUCAUAUAGACCCUAUCCAAGCCAAGGGCAAGAACAUAGAUAUAAGGAAGCUGGUUGGACAUCGCAGACAUCCUCCUCUGACUCACCAGGGGGUGCAUCGAUACCUUUUUUGGGCCAGCGAACUCAGUGGAGGAGAAGAGUUCCACAGGUCGCUCACAAUUUCACACUGACAGCAGCUCGAGAGGGACAUCAAGCCCCACAGUUCUGAAAGUCCAGCCAAGGGCAGGGCACGAAGUAGAGAAACUACCUAAUUAUGACAAGGUACGAAAGACUUCCAAUCUACCUAGAUCUACCUCUCAAUACUCAAGAUGAUUAUU